AUCCCCCCAUCUCCCUCCCGGGAGCCGGCGGGGGAGGCCGCGGCCAAGUUCGGGCCCCAGCUCCAGGGAUCUGAAGCCUGUUCCACCCGCCCCAGACCUAUCCUGCCGCAUUCGCCCGUCUUUUUUGAAAAUAUCGAAGAAGCAGACUUUGAACUCCGGAAGGAUCUUUUCUUUGGAAGCCCGGGAGGAUGCGGCCCACAAGAUGCACGCUCACUCCACACUUAGGAAUUGCCCGCGCCCCUAGAGGGCAGGAGCGCGGCCCUUUGUACUGGCCUAGGAGCUGGGCGAGAGAAUUUGCAGGAGAGAGGGAAUUUGCGGCCCAGAGGCAGCGAGUCUUCCCAGUGGCGGUGGGCCCCAGAGCCUGGCCCCAGCUGAUUUCUGCACCUUCUUGGGUGUCCAGGCAUUACCCCUCACUAAGGAUCACCGACUCCUGGGCUUGGAAAGUCGCUUAAGGCAGAACACUCUUAUUUUCUGACCUGGCUCAUGGACAGAACCUUUGAAUCUGGAAAAUCCAGGCACUCUGGGCCAACCAACCUCCUGAUGCUGAACUGGCCCUGUAGGAACAACCCAGUUGAGCGAGUGCUCUAUCUGUGUUCAAAUGCCUUCAUUGAAAGGAAGCCAACACCACUGUCUUGCUGCCAAUUCCAUGUUUGGGUGGCACUGGCUGUGAGAAAGUUCUGCCAUUUGAUGAACUCUUUAAAACCUCUUCCUGGAAUGUUUACUCAGCGGCCUGUUCUGCCUUUGGGUCUCUACAGAACCAGUCUGGUCUCUCUUACACAGAUAGCUUUUUAAAUAUUUGAAGGCAGCCAGAGAUGGAGUCCACAGCCUACCCUCUCAAUAUGACCCUGAAAGAAGAGGAAGAAGAAGAAGAGAUUCAGAGCCGGGAACUGGAGGAUGGCCCCACAGAUAUGCAGAAAGUCCGAAUCUGCUCAGAGGGCGGAUGGGUGCCAGCCCUAUUCGAUGAGGUGGCCAUAUAUUUUUCCGAUGAGGAGUGGGAAGUUUUGACGGAGCAACAAAAGGCCCUCUACCGGGAGGUCAUGAGGAUGAAUUAUGAAACUGUCCUGUCCCUGGAAUUCCCAUUCCCUAAGCCUGACAUGAUCACUCGGUUGGAAAGGGAGGAGGAGUCUCAGAAUUCUGACGAAUGGCAGUUCCAGGGAGGAACCUUUGCAGGUACUAUGAUUAACCCAAUUCAACAUCCGUCCAAUGGGAGAAUAAUGAAGACGAAUUUUAAGUUUCCAGAAAAUGAAGAAUCUGACGUGAAGCCGCCAGAUUGGGUGGGCCCGGUGAACACGGCCUCCCAGUUUCCCCAGCCUCAGCACCUGGACAGCUAUGGCCUCCGUCUGCCUCGGGACAUCACAGAGCUGCCCGAGUGGGGCGAGGGGUACCCCUUCUACAUGGCCAUGGGCUUCCCCGGCUAUGACCUCUCGGCAGACGACCUGGCCGGGAAGUUUCAGUUCAGCCGGGGCAUGCGCCGCAGUUACGACGCGGGGUUCAAGUUAAUGGUGGUGGAGUACGCCGAGAGCACCAACAACUGCCAGGCGGCCAAGCAGUUCGGGGUGCUGGAAAAAAACGUCCGCGACUGGCGCAAAGUGAAGCCGCAGCUGCAGAACGCCCACGCCAUGCGGCGCGCCUUCCGGGGCCCCAAAAACGGGCGCUUCGCCCUGGUGGACCAGCGCGUGGCCGAGUACGUUCGAUACAUGCAGGCCAAAGGGGACCCCAUCACCAGGGAGGCCAUGCAGCUGAAAGCUCUGGAGAUCGCCCAGGAGAUGAACAUUCCGGAGAAAGGGUUCAAGGCCAGCUUGGGCUGGUGUCGAAGAAUGAUGCGAAGGUAUGACUUGUCUCUGCGGCAUAAGGUGCCGGUGCCCCAGCAGCUGCCGGAAGACCUGACCGAGAAGCUCGUCACCUACCAGCGGAGCGUCCUGGCUCUGCGCAGGGCACACGACUACCAGGUGGCUCAGAUGGGAAAUGCUGACGAGACGCCCAUUUGCUUAGAGGUGCCCUCGAGGGUGACUGUGGACAACCAGGGUGAAAAGCCCGUCUUGGUCAAGACGCCAGGCAGGGAGAAACUGAAAAUCACAGCCAUGCUUGGUGUCUUGGCAGAUGGCAGGAAGUUACCUCCGUACAUCAUUCUGAGGGGCACAUACAUCCCCCCCGGGAAGUUCCCCAGUGGCAUGGAAAUCCGUUGUCACCGGUACGGAUGGAUGACGGAGGACUUGAUGCAGGACUGGUUGGAAGUGGUGUGGAGGCGGAGAACCGGUGCAGUGCCCAAGCAGCGAGGGAUGCUGAUCCUGAACGGCUUCCGGGGCCACGCCACUGAUUCGGUGAAGAGCUCCAUGGAAAGCAUGAGCACCGAUAUGGUCAUCAUCCCGGGGGGCCUGACCUCGCAGCUGCAGGUGUUGGAUGUGGUGGUCUACAAACCCCUGAAUGACAGUGUCCGGGCCCAGUACUCCAACUGGCUCCUGGCGGGGAACCUGGCACUGAGCCCCACGGGGAACGCCAAGAAGCCGCCCCUUGGCCUCUUUCUGGAGUGGGUCAUGGUGGCGUGGAAUAGCAUCUCAAGCGAAUCCAUCGUCCAGGGGUUCAAGAAGUGCCACAUCUCUAGCAACUUGGAGGACGAGGAUGACGUCCUGUGGGAAAUCGAGAGCGAGCUGCCAGGAGGAGGGGAACCGCCCAAAGAGUGCGACACUGAGAGCCUGACAGAGAGCAACUGAGGGAUAGCCAAGCAAAUGAACUGUAUUUGGAACAGUUGAGGAGGAAAAUCCUCAAGAAGAUUCCUCACAGCGUGGAUACACAGGGAGCAGCAGGAAGAGGCCAUGGGGCUCAGAACAGCCCAGGUCUGGACAGCAGCCUGAGCAUCCUGUCUUGGGACGCCGCCCACCCUCGCCCCACGUCCAUGAGGUGUCAGAAAAGUCUAGGACCCUUCACUUCAUCAGAGACAUGAUUAGAAAAGAAACUGCUUCUGCCUCAUUUCUUGUUUUAGAGAUUACUCCAUGUGUCCAUCAAAAGAAACCUGUAGAUAGAUAGGAAUGAACAAAGGUAUUUCCUGGAGAAGAGGCCAUUUGUUCAGCACCAAUAAGAGACUCAUCAUACGGGCCCAACUCCACUGGUAUUCCUUCUGUGGAGAAAACCUCAAGUCAAUGUUUUUUCUUCUGCCUUUAAAAAUGCUUCCAUUAGUAGAACCUGUCCCCACACAGGUCAAGACUGCAGAGAAGGCUUUGUAGAAAUGGUCAUUUAUGUACACCUGCUACUUAACGCAUUUCCUCUUUUGGAAAAAUGAGAUGCUAAUGAUAACAACAAAAUUCAGACAUACUGGCCUGGUGCCAGCAGAUGGCUUUUCUAUAGACAAACUAGGUUAGUGAGGAAGAUGCAGAUUAAAAUAAACUAUGCCGUUUCAUUUAUCUUCCCCAUCUGGUUGGCAGCUAGACUUUUCUAGGGUCUCAUUUAAUGGCCCUAUUUUUCAUUAUUAUUAUAUUUAAUGAUAGGGUAGCAUUUAGUACACAAGCUCUUCUGUUUCUCAGGCUGCCUGCAGAAGAAGUCACCAUAAAUUAUCUGCUGUCUACAUGGUACAAAGCUCAUUGACCCAUCUGAUACUUGUUUUGUUAAUUCCUUUAAUAUUUUUUUCACAAGCGUGGUGAGAGGGCGUGGCCCGUUAGCCACAGCUGUUUGAAGACUUCUUCUAUCCUGCAGAAAUAGGUGGGAGGUCUUUGAAUUUUUACACUAAAGUAAUUUGCAUUCCCACAUAAGUUGAGUGUUAUGAAAACAUUCCUUCAAAGCUACCUGUGCUACGAAAACUAUGCCAGAACCUCAUAGACAAAGCCAUUGUUAGAAAUGUCAUUCCAAUGUCAGAUCUGGUUAACAGGCUACCAUAACCACUUUUCCUUCCUGUAGACCCAGCUCAUUUGUAUAUUAUACUGUUCUUGGCAUUUUGAAACACCUAUUUCUACUCAGGUAUUCAAUUUCCUAUUAGUGAUUCACCUUCCCCAUUUUUUAAAACCAGUUUUCCUCCAAGAGGGGAAAUUUCACCUAACUUCUGAUAUCUGAAUAACUUUCAAUGUUUGAAUCAUUUCCCCAUUUGCUUUUACCUGUACUGUAUUGUCAUAUCAAACGGCAUCUAAAUCCAGCUACUUUUCAUUCCAGAAGUUUUCAUUCCCUCCAAUUCCACUUAAUUUAUCCUCCACUAUCCUGGAUCCUAGCCCUUUCCUCUUCGUGUCCUACUUUACUUGCUUUGGGAGCUUAAAGGAUUUUAUAAGACCUAAUUUUUGGUUCCUGCAUUGGAGCCAUAGUUGUCUUGCAGGGAAGAGUAGAAAAUGGGUUCAACUCCUGUUUCAUUCCACCAACACCUCCUUGAGUCUCAUCGUCAGCUGAUAGAUGAUGCCUUAACAGGUUGCUUAGCACUGGAACUUCCCUAGAGUAAUGGCUCUACUGUCAGGGUUUUUCUGGGCUCAUUCUUCCACUGACUUAAUUAUGAUCUAUGCCUAACAGAGCCCCAGUACAACUAUUUUGCAGAAUGGCUAUUACCCUAGAGUUACUAUAGCACAUAUUGAGACAUAGUUGUACUCCCCAGUAGAUAGGAACUGACUCCGACAAUAAACUUUGAUAAUAAAGACGAUAGGCUCUGGUGGUUUUAUUAUCUGCUAGCCUUAUGAAAAGUCACAUUUCAAACUCUUCAUUUACACUUUAUUCUCCACUCAGUUUGGUACCAAUAUAUUACACCCUUGAAAUGAAAAAGUCUG